AUGUGUACUCCUUCUUCAGCUCAAAACUCGGGUGUUGACGACGUUCCUGCCAUCGAUGCGGCCAUUAAGACCUGCGGAAACGGUGGUAUAAUCGUGAUCCCCAUUGGCGUCACAUAUUCUAUUCGCAGUGUUUUGUCGUUUACCGGAUGCGUCAACUGUGACUUCCAAAUUGAAGGAACCAUGAAACUUUCAGACAACACGACUUUCUGGAACGGCAAGAAGACGGUGUAUGAUAUUGCUUCUGUUACCGGGCUUCAUAUGCACUCUGUAACGGGCACUGGGUUGAUCGAUGGAAACGGUGUGCCUUACUGGACCCUCUUCGCUGAAGACAGCUCUUUCGCGCGGCCAACACUGGUCACGAUCACAUCAUCGACCUCGAUCACGAUUUCCAACCUACAUUUCCGCAAUGCGCCAAACGUCUUCCAUUCCGUUAGCGGGGGGUCAACGAAUAUAAUAUACGAUGGUCUGCAACUUGACGCGACUUCUACAGCAACCGUCACAGCAAAAAAUACGGACGGAUUUGACGUUGGCUCGAGUUCGCAUGUUACGAUCAAGAACACCAAUGUGGUUAACCAGGACGACUGUGUUGCCCUCAAGCCGGGCUCCGAUUUCGCCCUUGUCCAAAAUAUCACCUGCAAUGGCUCUCACAGCUUAUCCGUUGGGAGUUUGGGUAAGGGGGUUGGGUCUAGUGACAAGGUCACUAAUGCUUUCCUCGGCCCUGCCACCAUGAUCAACUCCGCCAAGGCCGUUGGCAUUAAACUUUAUGAGGGAGGCUCGUCUCACGGAGUGGCCACAGUCUCGAAUAUCACCUGGUCUGAUAUCACCGUGAAAAAUUGCGACUAUGCUGUCCAAAUUCAGAGCUGCUAUUCAGCUUCAAAUACUUCGAACUGUCUCGCAAACACGGAUAGCCUAACGGGUGUCGUCUUCAAAAACAUUGUGGGCACGACGUCGUCACACUACAGUCCUGUCGUCGCAAACAUCAAUUGCUCGCCGUCUGCGACCUGCAAUGUUACUCUCCCGGGAUUCAAUGUGAAGCCGCCCAGCGGAACUGCACAGAUUUUAUGUUCUAAUAUCGACGGGUCGCCUAGUGUGACCUGCACUGGUCCAGCCAGCGGUUGA